UUCUCAUGCCGCUUAUCUUGCUCCACAGCUGCUGCUCUGAACAGUUUUUUUCUUAUGUUCCCACACAAUAUCAAGAUGAAACCAAGAGAGAAGAAGAACAGGAGCCCAAACCAGGCAGUGGUGCAGUAUAUAGUCUGUACAUGGAGUCAGGGCUGCCCCACAGACACAAUUCAGCAUGUGCUCUUGGAAAACAUCAUAUGGUUGGUGAUAGCACAGCCAUUCCACUGGCCAGUAAUAGAUCCUAGAUGACAUAAUCACAGAAUGGUUUGAGUUGGAAGGGAUCUAUAAGACCAUCUAGCUCCAGCCCCCCUGCUGGAGACUGGGACACCUCCCACUAAACAAGGUUGAUUAAAGACCUCUGCAAGGUCUUUUGGAAACGUAGGGGCUCAAUAUAUCCUCCAGGUUAGUGUUGUCCUCAAAGUUUGCAUCAGCUCCAGCCCCGCAUCCAGAUAUUGCGUGAUAAUGUCUAUCAACUCUUGCAUGAAGUUUGCAUCCCUCCACUUCAUGAUCUCUAGUUAAAUACUGGAACAUCACAAUGAGGUGUCCCCACAACCUUCGUUUUUUCCAGACUGAAACAAAAACAGUUCCUUCUGCCUAUCUUAAUAGGAGAAGAGCCCAAACUCUUUAUGUCAUUAUGAAUGCCCUCCUCUGCACUCUCUCCAAGAGCUUUGCAUCCCUCGUGUGUUUUACAACAGGGCACAAGUCAGAUCCAGUUUGUCAUCACCAGAACCCGAUAUUUUCCCUGGGCAUGCUCUCCAGCCUCCUGUCUGCUGACAGGGACACCCCCACAAGUAAAACUUAGCACGUGUUUUUUGCAAAAUUAAUGUGGUUGCUGACUACCUUUGUGGUCCCCACUUUCACACCUGGCCGUGCUCAGCAGGAACUCCCGCAGCCCCUAGAAACACCACAGCUGCAGGCUCCCUGGGCCGCCCUGACAUUCCUUGGCUCCUGCUUUGCAAUGGCCAUGAGAGCAGCAGCCACGAUGAUGCCAACAGACUGGCAGCCCUAUGCAGCCCUGCACUGCCCAACCUGCACCUGCAGCCAUCACCGGGCACACAGAUUCUCCCUUACACAAGCUCUGUUAUGGAAAUCACACAGCACUGGCAAGAGGUGUCCACAAUCUGGGAAGCGAUUGCUAUUUUUUUCAGGUCCCAGUGCUCAGGAAACUGAUUUCCAGCCUAUCUGCAGAAGCAGGGGGACACUCAGGAAGCCAGCAUGGAGCUACUCAGGGGAGUACAUGGAGAAGGGGAAGCAAAGCCUCGGUGAGAGCCGGUCUCAUUCCAACACAGCUUUAUUUGCCUUUCAAGUCAAGUUCAAACAGCCUUGGCUCAGGGCAGGACCAGCAACAAGUGCUACUCAGUGACAUCAGCUCAGGCAGUUUCAGCCAGGCCUUGGGCAGCACAUGCUGGUGUCACUGUGAUGACACAAGGGCACCACAGUGAUGUCUGAGCAUCUCCCACCGGAACACCCAGGCAGUGCCAGUGGAUUUCCCUUGCCAGCAGGCAGAGUGAACACUGGCUCGCUGCACAGAUGGCUGCAUGUGCAACCUCUGAUCAGUGCGAGACCGGACACAUUGAAAUGGAAGCUUCUGCUUUUGAUCUGGAGGAGCUGGCCAAGACCUCAGGCUCCACUUCCACUGACCCAGCAGCACAGGACCAAGCACUGGCUGGCCAUGCUGCUGGGACAUCGGUGGUGGAACAACAGGAUUCACAAAUGUUUCCCAAUCGUUUACCUCUGAGUUUCUCUGAGGAAAACACUGGCCAAGCCAGUGUCUUCGCACCACUCACCUUCCCACAGAAACUCUGGGUACUGGCCGAAUGUGAGCAAGUGAAGAGCGUUUGGUGGGGCCAUGGAGGAAACUGCAUCGUAAUUGAGAAAGAACUGUUUGCGGUGGAAGUCCUGGCCAAGGAAGCACCUGUGAGAGCAUUUGGCUGCACAAGCAUGAAGAGCUUUAUUUGCCAGCUCAACCGCUAUGGCUUCACCAAAGUGCCACGGGACCUGGAAAGAUCUCCAUUCCUUCCUGAGUUUCUGGCUGAGGAAGAAGCGACUGCUGCCCAUAGGAAGUUACUUCUGUACUCCAGCCCCUUCUUCAGAAGAGAUUACCCGUGGCUGCUGGAGCGCUGCAAGUGUAGAGCGGCACACAAGAGAAGAGCCAUGACUGCCCCUGCCCUGCAAGAGGGUCUGAAUGAGAACACCCAGCGGAGCAGCCCAGAUGCCCGGCCAACACAGGGAAUGCCUGCUGGGCCAGAGAAGAGCCUGCAGGCAGCAGAGCCACAAGGCACGCAAGCAGCAGCACCCAUGGGGCCCCCGCCAGCCAAGCGCCCUAAGAAUGACACCCUUCAAGCCCAAGGAGGUGCUGCUCACAUCCUGCCAGGCCCUGCUGCAGCACCAACUCAGGAACAGUGCCAGGCUCUGCUCCACUCCAUCCUGCCACCAAGCAGCAGCCAGAUGUUGGGUGCCACUUGCACUCCUCCAAUACAGGGCACUCUGCCCUUUGGGAUCCCCACUUUCACACCUGGCCAUCCUGAGCAGGAGCUCCUGCAGCCCCCAGAAACACCACAGCUGCAGGCUCCCUGGGCUGCCUUGACUUUCCUUGGCACCUGCUUUGCAAUGGCCAUGAGGGCAGCAGCCAUGAUGAUGCCACCGGAAUGGCAGCCCUGUGCAGCCCCGCACUGCCCAACCUGCACCUGCAGCCAGCACCGGGCUGCCCCACACCAGGCAGAUGCAGGCCAUGGGAUGGUCCUGUAGUGCAGGACCCUUUGCAGGCAGUGCUGCAGCAGCCCCUAGUUAUUUGUUCCUAGUUUGUAGCUCAUAGGUGUGUACUUUCAGAAAUAGCAUGUUGCAGUUAUUAUCCUUCUCAGUUCUCAUGCCCCUCUGUUUAUGUAUUUAUCUAUUCACUCAUUUAAUAUUU